AUGGCGGCCUUUGCCCCGCACGAGGCGCUCGACUGCGUCGUCACACACACCGUCUUCUGCAGCUACACGUUUGUCCUGUUCUGCUCCGUGGCCAAUUCUCGAGCCGCCCUCGAGGCACUCUGCGGGUCCAAGGUCAAGGGCGCGUUCAUCAGGGUCGAGUUCGCCCAGCAGAUAACUUCUUACCCCCUCCUUCUCCCCGCCAUUCGGAUCCGCAACCACCUUGGAACCCCUCGGGAUCUGGCUGAACAGUCGGAAGCAGGAAACAUCAACAGUAGAGGAUCAUUGCCACCCGGUUCUGCUGGAGUACGAAUGAGAGAGGUAAAUCCUACCAAUGUUCUCUGGGUGGGUUUACCCAAUACACAUAAAGUUGACGAGGAGGCACUAAGGCAGGCUAUGGCUGCACAUGGUGUGGUUACAAACAUCAAAGUUUUUCCAGAAAGGCAGUAUGCUUUUGUGGAGUUUGCAACCAUUGAAGGAGCUUCUAAUGCUAAGAAUCUUCUAGAUGGGCGUAUUUUCAAUAAUACAAGGAUUCAUGUUCUUUUCUCCAGCAGUGGGCUUGAUAACCUAACACCGCUCGUUGGGUUCCCUAGAUCAGAGAUGCAUAAUUAUAGUCCACAUGCCGCACGUGAUUAUUUAGGUGCUGGUCGCAGUAGUCAUGGCACAUCACAAGGGUAUAAUCCUCGACGUGGAAGAGCAAGAUACUUGGACUAUGGUGGAGUGCCAAUCACUGUUGGUUUCCUUCCAGCACCUGAAGGUAGCUCAUCUUUGUUGCGUGGACAUUCUGCCCAUAGUGCGCUUGAUCCGAGAGAAGCCAAAAGGGUGAGACUAGAUGCUGGCAUCGACCCUUACCAUGUAAGGGAAGGCACUGAGGGUCUUCAGCCGGGUCGGGUAGCUUUUUUUAAUCCUUGAUCUUUAGCGAAUCGUUUUCUACCACUUAUGGAUUGUUUUUUUCCAGACCUUUAGCAAAUUGUUUUCCAGAUUGGGGAACAAGGAUCAGGUCGGGCAGCUCUUUUUUUCCUCAAAUCUUUAGCGAAUCGUAUUCUACCACUAAUGGAUGGUAGUGGUGGGUAAUUGUUUGCAACUUUAGGGCAAAGUCGGGACGAACAGGCAGAAGCACGAAUCCAUUUAUCAGUGUUUAAAAAGUGUUGUGGUAGUGAAGUAUAUUGUGGUCAUUUGUGUUGUGGUAGAGACACUUUCUUUUAUUAGGGUUGGGACGAACGGGCAGAAGCCGGCACCAAAGAUACAUAAACUUAUGAUUAUUUGCAUUGUGGUACAGACACUUUCUUUUAUUAGGGUCAUUUACAUUAUUUCUGUUUGUGGUAGUGAACUAUAUUAUGCCAAUGAGAUGUUGUAUGCAUUCCUUGAUUUGAGACAUUUUUAAGAGGGAAGUUAUUACUAACCAACCCCUUGAAUUAAAAUUAAAAGGUGUAUAUGAAAGCCAUGUUUUUGCGGUUAUUUCUCUCAAGGUGGCAUAAUCAGAUGUCCCACCCACAUGGCAAAGCCAUCCCUGCCCCACUCACAACAUAUAUGGGAUGCAUACAAUAUCUAGUAACUAUGGUAUGCUCUGUUUUAAGUUUGAAUGAUGUACUAAGAAGGAAUGAUGUACUAAUACAGAAUAAUCCCUGGUUAGUCAUAGUUGUUUAUUUCUUGAGUGAAAAUGCUCCACUCACGUGCUAAUGUUGUGUAAUGAGUUUUGCACAAGUGACACAAUUUGCUGUUAUUCAGGUUGUGAUUUGAUAUAAAUAUGAAGUGUAUUUUAUCUUUGAUCUAUUUCACUUUAAGUUAGACCAUUCAUAGCUAUCUCAUAGUUUUUGUUGCUAGGACCACUUGUAUGA